CAGCAGCAGCAGCUCAGCUCUGUUUCUAUUCCCGGAGAGACCGCCUCCAUUUUACCACCGACACCCGGCGGAGGAGCAGCGGCCCGCAGCGGACUCAACUGCCGGCGCAGAGACACGGUGUUGCGGCAGGAUUCUCCCUGUGACCCCGGCGGUGGUGUGACUCGGUCGGGCCUGGAUGACGCUUGUUUCUCGGAUGGCGGCGCUGCGGCAGGACGCGGCCGGGGCGGCGGUGGAUUUGUGAGGAUUUAACGGCUCGUUUUCUGCGGUGAAAUUUGUUGAUUUACCGGAGCAGAGGAGAAGGACUUGGGCUUCGGAUGGUCAGGUUCUCAGCAAGGAUGCGGCAGUGAGCUGAUCGUUACCAUGGCGAUAUUCGGCGGCGGCCAGCCGUGCGGCGGUCAGGACAACUGCUCGGCUCACAGCGAGUCCAAAGAUUACUGUUACUCUGCUCGUAUCCGCAGCACGGUGCUGCAGGGGCUGCCGUUCGGAGGAGUCCCCACCGUGCUCGCCCUCGACUUCAUGUGCUUCCUGGUGCUGCUCUUUGUCUUCUCUAUUCUACGAAAGGUUGCGUGGGACUAUGGCCGCCUGGCGCUGGUCACCGACGCUGACAGACUGAAGAAGCGUUUCAGCGACCUGGAGGAGCGGGAAUACGUUGCCUCGGCGAUGCACUCAGAGACGCCCGACCGCUACGAACGCCUCACCUCCGUCUCCAGCUCCAUCGACUUCGACCAGAGAGACAACGGCUUCUGCUCGUGGCUCACGGCCAUCUUCAGAAUAAAGGAUGAGGAGAUCAGGGAGAAAUGUGGGGAGGAUGCUGUCCACUACCUUUCCUUCCAGCGUCACAUCAUCGGGCUGCUGGUUGUCGUGGGCGUCCUCUCCGUCGGCAUCGUCCUACCUGUCAACUUCUCUGGAGACCUGCUGGAAAAUAACGCCUACAGCUUUGGACGCACCACGAUAGCCAAUCUGAAGUCUGAGACGAACCUGUUGUGGCUUCACACCUCGUUCGCCUUCAUGUAUCUGCUGCUGACCGUCUACAGCAUGAGGAGACACACGUCCAAGAUGCACUACAAGGAGGAUGACCUGGUGAAACGCACUUUAUUCAUUAACGGCAUCUCGAAAUAUGCUGAGGAGAGUCAGAUCAAACAGCAUUUUGAACAGGCGUAUGAGAACUGCACGGUACUGGAGGCUCGGAUCUGCUACAACGUGGCCAAACUGAUGUCUCUGAACGCUGAGAGGAAGAAGACGGAGCGCAGUAAGAAGUUCUUCACUGACCUGAUGGCGAAGGAACACGUUCCCACCAUGAUCAACCCCAAACCCUGCGGACACCUCUGCUGCUGCGCCAUCACCGGCUGCGAGGAGGAGGAGGCGGUCAGCUACUACACCAAGAGAGAGGCCAAGCUGAAGGAGGAGUACAGGAAGGAGAAGGAGAAGGUCCACACCAAACCUCUGGGCAUGGCCUUCGUCACCUUCCAGAACGAGGCCAUGACCGCCAUUAUUUUGAAGGACUUUAACGCCUGUCAGGUUCAGGGCUGUCACUGUCGUCAGGAGCCUCGUUCCUCUCAGUUCAGCGACGUCCUUCACGUUCACAACUGGAGCGUCUCGUAUGCGCCCGACCCGCAGAACGUCCGCUGGGAGCACCUGUCGCUGGGCGGGAUCUCCUGGUGGAUCCGCUGCUUCAUCAUCAAUUGCAUCCUCUUCAUCCUGCUCUUCUUCCUCACCACGCCCGCCAUCAUCAUCUCCACCAUGGACAAGUUCAACGUCACCAAACCUGUCGAGUAUCUCAACAAUCCCAUCGUCACUCAGUUCUUCCCCACUCUGCUGCUCUGGGCGUUCUCUGCUCUCCUUCCCACCAUCGUCUACUACUCUGCGUUCUUCGAGGCUCACUGGACCAGAUCUGGAGAAAACAGAACCACGAUGCACAAAUGUUACACCUUCCUGAUCUUCAUGGUUCUGCUGCUGCCGUCUCUCGGACUGAGCAGUCUGGACGUUUUCUUCCGCUGGCUCUUUGACAGGAAGUUCCUGGCUGAUGCUAAAGUCAGGUUUGAGUGCGUCUUCCUGCCAGAUAACGGAGCGUUCUUUGUGAACUACGUCAUCGCCUCUGCGUUCAUCGGGAACGCCAUGGACCUGCUGCGGAUCCCCGGUCUGCUCAUGUACAUGAUCCGGCUGUGCCUGGCUCGCUCCGCCGCCGACCGCCGCAACGUCAAGAGGCACCAGGCCUAUGAGUUCCAGUUCGGAGCAGCCUACGCCUGGAUGAUGAACGUCUUCACGGUUGUGAUGGCCUACAGCAUCACCUGCCCCAUCAUUGUCCCCUUCGGUCUGAUGUACAUGCUGCUGAAACACCUGGUGGACCGGUACAACAUGUACUACGCCUACCUGCCCUCCAAGCUGGACAAGAAGAUCCACUCCGGAGCCGUCACCCAGGUGGUGGCUGCGCCCAUCCUCUGCCUCUUCUGGCUCCUCUUCUUCUCCACCGUACGCACAGGUUUCAAGACGCCGACCUCCAUGUUCACUCUGGUGGUGCUGAUCGUCACCAUCGUGGUCUGCCUGUCCCACGUCUGUUUCGGACACUUCAAGUAUCUUAGUGCUCACAACUACAAGAUCGACACCAAGGAGACCGACGUGGACACGGUUGAGAACGGACGUCCGGCUCGUCCCUCGUCCUCCCCGACCACCAAGUCUCAGCAGCAGCAGCAGCAGCAGCAGCAGCAGCAGAUGUGCAUCGCUCAGGUGCUCCAGGACCCAAACUCGGACGAGCCAGGCGGGGGCAGCGGCGAGGAGGACCGCGGGUCGUCUCAGGACGAGGAGAUGCUGAACGGAGGGAACAGCAUCAACGAGGCGGAUUUCCAGUCAGGGGAGGACAGUCUGAUCGCCAACGAGGUCCACCAGUAGCUGGAGGUGGAGCCAGAGGGAGGGGGCGGAGCUAGUUGAGGGUCCAUACCCACACAACAUUUGGAAAAUAAAGCUGACUAAAGAAUCACUAAACACAUACAGACAUACAAUAGACUGAUACGGUUAGCUCCACCUCCUCCUGGCUCGAAGACUUGACCCUGACCUUUGACGCCGGCGCUGGGUCGCCAACAUCCAGUCCUGCACGUCUGUGGAAACUUGAUGGACAUCAAACUGUUUCACAGGAAGUCACUGUACAUAAUCACAAAGCCAAAAGUUUUUUUUUUUGUGUUUGUUUUUUCUCUGGGGGAGGGGGACAGGGUUUAAAAAUUCGUGCCUGGGCUGAAUUUUGUUCGUUCGCAUUCGUGUCUUGACUCCUGAUCCCACCGCAGGUCGCCGGGACUCGACCGAGGGGUCAAAGCUGAUGCUGAUGCUGUGUUUUUCCUCAGCCUGGUAGAUGCCUCCAAACAAACCCCCGCCGUUGCCGCCGUCCUCCGUUAACGGAGUGCUAAAUAACUCGCCAAGCUCUUGUAGUGGUAGAAGCCUCGCUUACGCAGACGCAUCGCAGUCUCCUUUCCCUGUUCGACGUUCUCCUCUUUCUUUUCGUGGAACCCGUGGGUCUUGGAUUUUGCUGGUACGUUCACACAUCACCUGGAAGUUUUGGGUUUUUUUUGAUCUGCCAAGCUUUCACUGCAUGUUGUUCAAAGUGCUGUCUGGAUUAACAACGUCGCCACUUUUGGACAAUGUCAUCCAUCACCGGACUGAAGUGGCCGACGAACUCACCUGAUCUCCACCUCAGUGUCGGCAGUGCAUCCUUCUACCUGCUGGAUUCACGUUUUGGGCUUUCCGCUUCAGUUGGACCACUCCUCUGCCGAUGAACAACCCGGACUCAACACGAGGAUGCUUUCCUUUCUCGGUUUUGAUUUCACCUGAACUACCUUAAAUCAUGAACACCUGACUGAGGGAACGGGGGAGUUUGUGUCUGUGUAGGUUUAUCAAUCAAAACACUUUUCAUUCAUGGGGAGAACUUUGUGAAGACGCUCUGAUUCGUCCGGCAGCAGCAGCAGUCGAGUAGUUUGAGCUCAGGUAGACGCAGAAGAGCAGCGCUUUUCGUCAAGACGGUCUACCCUCAACGCCUGAAGCUGUCAGGACUCUCAAGGGAAAAUGUUUUUUGUUUGUGUGUGUUUUGAAGUGUGUGUGUGUGUGUGUGUGUGUGUGUGUGUGUGUGGUAACUUAUUUUACACCAACCUGCAUCAUGAAGGGUUCAACAUCACCAGGUAACCAAAAACACCAUAACAUCUGGCUAACAGGUCCCAGUGCUCCUCAGACUGGUCGUCAGGCGUCUGUUCAGUUUGACUCAAUGUUUUCCUUCAGUUUGGUACGAAAUGUUUGAGUUUGGAAAGAACAUGAAUCACUGUCACUGCUGCAGUUCAAGCCUGAACGCUCACUAAGAUCUGUUUCUCCAUCACAGAGAGAGGUGCAGUUUGUCUUAGCCUAGCUUAGCACAAAGACUGGGAGAGACUGUUAGCUCCAUCAAAAGAGAAAAGAAAUCACUUUCCCACCAUGUUGUCUCUUCUUGUUAGCAUCUGUGUCUCUAAAGCUAUCAGUUAGCAUAGUUUGAUAUUAAGAUCCAAAUAUUAGCUUCUUAGCCCAGUUAGCUUAGAGUUAGCUUCUUCACCACUAGCUCUAGCCAAUGGAUGGAUCGGUGACUAGCUUGCAAGCUAACACGACUGCUCACAAGAGCAAAGAAAAUCUGCUCAAAUCUGUUUUUGACCCACAAAUUUGUGCCGUUAACCAACAGCCACUGAUACAGCUGACCUUCGACCUUUGAGUCCAGAAUGGUAGAAGCUAUCGUAGCUUAUUAGCUGUAUGUCAGAUACAGCUCUGUUGGAGUGUAACCUGCUCCUCGAGACUUUGUUAGCUCAGAGUUUUUACCCUCUUCAGUAAAUCUUUAUUAAAUGAAAUUCAGAGAACAAAAUGUCUCUGAGUAGUGCUUGUGAUUUGUUGGAAGAUUUUUCUCUUUUGAAGGUGCUAGGCUAACAGUUUCCCGUCUUUGUGCUAAGCUAGGCUAAACAUGUCCUGGACCGCUCUCUGCUGGACACACAGAGCAGAACAAUGAUUUCUCUUCAUCCUGUGAUGUGUCUGAACUGAAAUUGUCAUGUUAAAGGUUUCGGCUGCAGCUCUGAUGCAGCAUAUUUUCAAACAUCACUUUCUCAUGAUCCUUUGUGGUGUCUAAUGAUGCGUGUCAGCCUGCUUUGUCAUGUUUAGCCUGUUAAUUCUUCGCCACGUUCACUUCAUUCUGCUGAUCUUAGUUCUGAGUGUGAGGAUGUUUAAAAGCUCAUACUUGCUUUUAACUACACAGUCAUGUAUACGUGGUGGUUACCCAGGUCAACCUUUGUUCUUCAGAGCGUUGUGAGCUCAGAAAUUAACCUGUUAAUUAGUCACUGUUGCUAUGACAGUCAGUCUUUCUAGUUUACAGCGGUAAUAACCGUCGACUUUCUGAAACACUGAUCUUUGAUUUCAGACAGAAGCAGCUUCUUGUUUCUAUUUGGCAAACAUCAGUUUUAUCGGCUGAAAUUACAACUGUCACUGGAACAUUUUGUUAGCUUCAGCUAGCUAGCUAAUUACGCUAACGUUAGCUCCAUGAGUUGGUUGAAACCUGUUUUUGAAAAGACCUAUUUGAGGUCUUGAAUGCACCUGAUGGCUACAUACAUGAUUUGAUGCUAACAAACUGAGGCUAAGGAUAUGUUGCUAGCAGACUGAGGCUAAAGCUAACAGGUCCCAAGCAAAAUGUCACCGUGUUUCACCUUUUAACAAAAGGAUGAAAAUUAAUGAUGUGUUUAGCUAACGUAGCUUUAUCUUGGCUAACGUUAGCUGGAGUCAGGACAGAGUCGCUAACGUUAGCCUAAACUCUGAGAAAGUCCAAGACCGACUCCUUCGCAGUAGACGUUUCAGUCCCGAACGUAACCUUAAACCCCACAAACGAGUUAGCCUGCAGCCGCUCGUCUACAUGUCUGUGUAGUUACAAAGCAAAGUAUGAUGGGGGGGGGGGGGCACAGCCUUGUUGGCAGCUGCCAUUAUCGGUUGCCAAGGCAACAGAAAAAGAGUUGGCAGCAGCAUCAUCAGGAAAUGAGGGAACACGUCUAAAGAAAACUUUUCAGUGCAGCGACGAAAUAGUCUCAGGUGUUUGUUUUCCUAAAAUAAUGUUUACAUCAGUUUUUGUUGCUUGUUUUCAUUUUUCUCAUGUUGUUCGGCAGAGUGUGUGUGUGUGUGUGUGUGUGUGUGUGUGUGUGUGUGGACACAGAGCUGGACUAUGAAAGCUGUAGCCACAGGUCGUCGGCUUCAGUCGGUGGCUACACGCCGGAGAACCUGCAGCAUCUGUGUCCAGAUGUUUCUUCACUUCCAGCGCGGCGUCUGCUUCAGGCGCUUCGGCCGCGAUUGUAUGCACAUGAAGAAGAGUGAAGGAAGCUCCAGAGGAUCUGAGACUGGAGGCUCCACUCAGCAGCUCUCCUCCCACAGGUGUUCGGGUUCCAAACUGUUUCUGAUUAGAUCUUUGAAUUCAUUUAAAUUCAGGAAGUUAAUGUGAAAAGAAGAAUGUGACCUGAAGAGUGUGAAACGACUCAAACUGAAAACUAAAGAUCCAUGAAUUAAAUCUUUAAAUUAAAAUGAAUCUAAUGAUUUCAUCCAUCAAAGUAUAAAAUGUUUCCUUUGUCCCAGACGUUUCUCUCUCAGCUUUACACACAAUCUGUUUUCUGACAAUCAGAAGUCACCUCAAGAUCCAUCAGGAGCCUUUGAUCAAGCGUCAUGAUCUUCAUCAGCAGAUUGGACUUCACACUCCAUUUUGGCUUCAAAGAUUCAGAUCAUUAUUGGCCUAAAAAACGGUAGUUUUUCAUAUGUUGAUGAAGAUCACAUGACAUGACUGAAAGCUCCUGAGCAGUGACGUUAUCAAAAAUUUUCAUUACCCAGAAUCCUUUGAAAUCGAGCUUUGAUUCUCAGAAAUACAGAGGCGUCGGAAACAGUUUGUCACAUUGUCCCAAAUUCUGAUUGGACGACGAGAUCUCGUCCACCAAUCGGACGCCUGGAGGCUGAGAGGGUCAGAACGUCAUGUGUC